GUGCUAGCGAGUGUUACAAAAUGCCAGUCAUGUAGUGAUGAACAAUGUCUCUCCAGUGACAUAAGCCCGACAGACACUGAAGGUGUUAUGUUACUAAUUCAAUUCGAUAACAAAGGGCGAGGCUUCUCAUUGGUUCGCUUUGUAUACUGCCGUCGUGCGAGGCGGUUAAUUUCAGUGUUUGAUUGACAGGCCUGUUUCCGCAAAGUAAACCGACCAUUCCUAUGCCCUUUGGUCGUUGUAUUCAAGUUUCGUUCCAAAACAACAACGUGAAGAACGCGCACCUUUCAGAUUUACUGAGCAAAUUUGACGGCAAACUAUGAGUUACAUCUAUAGAUUAUUCAUUUUGAGCCUCGCGCUUCACACUUCGCUAAUAAGCGACAAAAUGACGGAAGCAUCGUCAGUUGCGAAAAACGGAACCACUGCGAAGGAACAUGACAGUGAAAUCUUCAGUCGCCAUCCUUUCCCUCGCCGAAAGAGAACUCCUCAGCGUCACAACCAUCACUCUUCGCAAAAAAAGAGAGAAAAAACUACGGAGACCACAUCGGUCCUUAAAAACGGCAGCACUUCGGGAACGCUUCAACGCGAAAUUCUGAAUCUCCUUGGUUUGCCCCGUCGGCCGCAGCUAAGCCUAAAUACUCGUCUACAUGGCCGAAAAAUGUCUGCUCCAAGGUAUAUGAUUGACCUAUACCACAGCUUAGAAAGCAACGUGAGCUUGUCGACCGACGGUUUGUUCUGCUGCAAUGACUCUGUGACAGAUUCCCGAGCGUUGGGUGCUGACACGAUUAUGAGCUAUCUUAACCACGGUAAGUCGAUGUCUGCCAAGACUUCGUUUACGUACACUUCACGAAGGCUUUAUUGAUUACAAUCGAUAGAUAAACAUUGCAAAUUGCAUAAUUGCUCUUAGGAAGUAGUGUAUUUUCAUGUGGCUCGGGUGCGCAUUGUUUAACACAACACGAACAUGUGUAUAAACACGAGAAAUGUACUAAAGACAUCGCUUAGGAACUUAUUAGGAAAGGUUAAAGUUGUGCGCCAAGUCUGGAAACAAUUAAUUAUGGUAACUGCUGAAAUAGACAUCUAACUGGAGUGAAAUCUACAACAAAGCUUUUUAGGAGUAAUUGUUAAGUUCCCAAAUUAAGAAAAUUUCCUAAUUAUAGAAAUUGCUGAAACAAUGUUCAAGGUUAUUGCGCCAAAUAUCACUCUUAGCACGUUCACCAGAGAUAAACACGCGCUUUUGAAUUUUAAAAAUGACUUAAAUUUAUUCCAGUCUGCUUAACUUGCCUAAUGUUUUUUUCUUCCCCAACGGAAAUUCAGCAAUGUCAAGAGAACUUUAAUUAGCACUUUACGGAUACUUUACAAAUUAACGCAAACCUCGGAAACGUUUUGCAAUAUUUGCACCUUUUGUAGAUAUUUCUGUGCCAAAACGGCCGUAUGUAGAUCGAAGUUUGUAGAAUAAGCGAUAUUGCUGCCCUAUUGAACACUCCUCAGGAAAGGCAUAGUUGAUUAUAUAACGGUGAUUUAUAAUCGAAUCGGAAAGCGUAGGGAGAAAAAAUGUUAUCCAUUGUUCUUUCUUUGAAACAAGAACGUCUUCCAAGCCAAUACAAGACUGAAAUAACUGAGUUAGGUUUUCGAUAAGAAAUCUAAUGUUGGCAUUUGGAGAGUGACUUCCACGUCAGAUAAAAUCAGUUUUUAAUGGGGUUCCUCUUUAUUUUAGACAACAAAAUAUCAUCUCGUGUUAUAAAGUCGAUUUUUUAUGUCAUUGUUGCCGAGGUCACAUUACUUAGCUGCGCUCUUCUCUAAAACUCCCGCUACGAUUUUUUUGUCGGCUCAAUAAUAUCCCACAUACUGAGAUGACUGGAGUUUCUCCAAAAUCUCCUUACCUGCUUCCUCACUGUUGUGCUCACAACGAAAGGAGAAAUACGAUUUGCAUAGCGAACAAACAAGCUUAACAGACAUGAUUAGAGGUCUUUGUCAAGUUUAGAUCUUGUUGAAAAUUGCGGUUGGCUUUAAAUAAUGUGGAAACACAAAAGCCGUCCUUGUUAAAUGAUUAUCUGUAAUACUAAAAAGUGAACAGUGGAUCAUUUAAUUGCUGGUAUCCAUUGAGUGUCAGCGCCAAAACAUCGCUUAACUUUUCAACGUACGAAUAUAAAUAUAAUUUCGUUGACAUUCCCACCAUGAGUUUCUUUACGUCUGUGAGUUAAACUGUAAGCAAAACAAAUUUAUUUUAUAAAUAUUUAAAUUCGAAAUUUUCAGUAGUUGGGGUAUAACUUUUUCAGUCAAAGAGAAAUUACGCUUUUUUAUUACGCGCGUUGUUCGUCGUUCUGAUCAGAUAUUGUUCUUUACAAUAAGCUUUAUUCUUUAGUGUGAAUCAAAUUUGGAAGUUUUUUCUGGCAGAAGGACUUCGUAGACUUCCUUUCUGUUUUCAUUUACGCUUUAUAUUUCCAAUAAUCUGUAUUUCCUGACCAGACAAACGGGAGCUGUGUAGAAUCCGUCGUUAGUUUGCCGUGACGUGCUUUUAUCGGCCAAAAUAUGACAAACAUGCUUCAUAAGAACUUAUCUUUAAGAAUGUACAUCCAUCAAUUUGAGAGCGUAUUGUCUUGGAGAGAGAAAAUAUCUGACAAAUAAUCUCAAAAUACGCAUGAUACUUAAGAAGUACUUUCUAAAAUUCGAUACUAGAAAGAAAAAAUGUCAUUCCGAACAUUACGGAAACGAAAAUUCCCAUACAAAGUCCUGUUUAGUGACUCUCAUUUGACUGUUCACUCUAAAGUUUAUUCAGACUAAAAGGCGAGCUCUACCUGAGAAAGUGUAACUAGCAGUACUAUAUGAAAGUAUUGUUCUGUGGGUAACUUUCGUAAAAAAGAUCGUACGUCAAGGUGUUUUCCGCAAACUUCUGUUCCUGCCAAAUCGUGUUAACCUAAGUGCAAACGCUCUUUCGGAAAAAGUGAAAGGAAGGGUUCGUGAAAGAUGGCUGCCUAUAGCUUGAUCGAAGGAAAAAUUGACGAAUUAAAUGACAAACUGAAGGAAAGAAAUGUACUUGAUAAUUCCGAAAGUAAGUGAAAUUCUGGAGAUUGCUGUGGGCUUGCGAUUCCAGAGAAAAAGAGAACAAGAGAGAACUUUGUAAGAUUGUAAGAUUUGCUUGACCGGCGAGGACUUAAAACAGCCUUAACUGAUCAGCGUCAAAGUGUCCACACCUGUAAGAUAAUCUGUUUGUUUUGGUUUAUUAUGAGUCUUAAACCUUAAAUUAACAGGAUGGACGAAAGCCUGAAUUUGACAAAAAGGAAUUUUUUUUGACAAGCUAGAGUGAUUUACGAUUUCAAACGCCGUUUUAUGCCAACAGAGUAAAGUUGAGUCGUUAUUUUCAAGUACCAUCAAAAUUCAAUCCCCAAUUUAAUUUUUAGCGGCUUUGCAUUUUCUCGCUGGCAUUUUUUGGCUUAUCUGUGUUCUUGUUUCAAGUUCUUCUUAAUUUUUAAGCCUUUUUUGUAUUGGGAUCAUUUGAUCAAGCCUGAAAUUGCCUAAAAAUUUUUCUUCUAUCCCUCUUGAAAUCGCGACGCGAAAGUUGGCAUGAAACCUAAUUGCAAGAAGCUUUGUUAAAUCGCACGUCGUUCUGGGGAGGAAUGUUCGGACCAGAAAUGGUGGCGGAUGACCCUACCAACUGAACGGGUCACAAAUUGUUUUCCGUUUUCCUUGAGCUGCUUUGGAGUGAUGACAGAACGAAGAUGAGUCAGGAAAUUUCAACAAAACGCGACAUUUGGCAAGUCACGCGAUGUGAAAGCUCGAUCUUUUUAUCUCUGGGAAGAAAAGACCUACGAAAUCCCCUGAUUACCAACGGUUUUUCUUUUGUCGGUUUGUUGGAGGAUCCUUUUAAACUCGAUUUAUAUUCAUGUUCUUUUAGUGCUCUUUGGUAAUUAAGUUCGCACUCGAAUACUGAUCAAGAAAUUUGAUCAAAAGAAGUGUAAGGAAAUUCUUGAUGAAGGAUGGCGGUGAUUUUAUCAUUUAUAUCUGAUUGUAAAUGCUGCAAAUCGUUUGUUAUUUGAUAAAUCUACUACUGAUGCAGCAGAAUGAAUGAGUGAAUUUUUUAAACAAAGGGUGAAAAAAAAAGGUACAUUUCAAAUUACGCUAUGGGUUCCUCUCAGUUUAUGGAGCGAAGUGAACAAAGCAGGGUGGCAAACACGCGAAUGCGCGUGAAACUCACCUCGUGCGCGCACGGCCGCGACUUCUUUCUCGCGAGUUAUCCUUAAAGAAUUGAUCACUGUGGAAAACUAAAGACCCCGUCAGGAUCAGGGUUGGGGUCAUACUUGAAUUGAAUUCAAAGUGGAUGCCUUAAUCUAACCGGCCAGGGUUAUAGAGAUUAGAAGAUUAGGUUUAAGGUAAUUAUGUCCUUGCUUCUGAUUGAGUUUACUUGCAGCCACGUCUGUCAACAGACACAAACCGGACGGUCUGCGCGUUCUUGUCCAGUUAUGUUUGUUUGUUUGUUUUUUUUCUUUGCACUGUCUCAAGAGAUGUACUUUUUACCAAUUACCGGCUUCUUCUAUGGCAAUUUCCUGUUCGAUAAUCGUUUAAUCGUUACAUGAAUGAGUGCGAAUGAUAGUCGGCCUCUUAUCUUUCGGGGUGACGAUUUGCCAUAUCCCCUUGGUUUGAAAAACAGGCUUGACUUGGACAAUGUUGGCGCUCAGAUAUUGCAUUUGCCUUUUACAGAGCGGAAUCAGAAAAAAUGUUAAUCUUUAAAUGACAGUGAGACCAAAAUAAUUGAGCUUUCGGCCUUUUCUUGUAUGGUGUAUCGAUUUUGAAAGGCAACAGAAAGAAGAAGUCGCCUAACAUGAAUGAUUAAUGCACCGUAUAGAAAUUAAAAUGUAAACGGUGUGACGCAGAUUAUAUCCGUCACACAACACGGUAAUUUUACCUUGGGUAUAAAAGAAGAAAACUUUCACAGCACUCGGGCAACAUCUAGAGCAACACCGACUUUCAAAGUCGGAUUUGAAAGACAAACAUUUUCUGUGUUGGACAAAUGCAAGUCAAAAUUGUAUUUUUUUAUGUUUUCAUCCUUCAGUCAGAAACCCGCAAAGACUCUAUUCGUGUUAAACUCCUUCUGUGACUCAGCGGACGUGAAUUUUACCGCGGAAUAAACAUUUUACAAAUCCAUUAUUUUUGUUUUCUCUUUGAAAUUGGUUUACAUUUAUAUUCAAACCCAAUUUCGUUCACUUUUGACUUGGUAAAGCAAACGUCUAAACCGUUUACAUUUUUACAACUUCUUAAACUAAGUCGCUCUUCGCUUUUAUCGUAAUGUUUUACAAUCAAGUUGUUAAGCAAAUCUAUUUUACAUAUAAUUAUCACAAUUAUUAUUAAUAGUUUCAGUUGUUCUUUAAUCGACAGUCAGGGGAGCGCGGCCAAAAAUUUCCAAGAGGCAUUCUACAUUUCGUUUCAAAAUGGAAACUCCACAGGGAGAAAAGAUCACAGCAGCAGAGUUUCGGAUUUAUAAAGAACCGAUUUCCAAUGGACACAGAGUUGUCUCCUGGGAGAAUUCGACAUACGAAGUGAAAAUUUAUCAGGUGAGAAACAUCACAAUUCUUUUCAACCGGGCAUAUACUCCUAAAAUAGAUUUCAAUUUGUCGAAGAAGACAAAAGUGACACAAUCAUCUUUAAUUGGCUGCCAUAACUCCUGAUUGCUGCGGAGGGAUUCGCACACAUUCACGGAAUUUGUGUGAAUUUACAUGUAGUUGGAGAUGAAACGCUGUAGCGUUCUUUUCUUGUUAGCUCCUGUACCUCAGUCACACUUGCCAGAUUUUUUCACAGACCGUACCAGCUGACAUACAUAACUACAGCAGCAGACACACUUACACGUUGUUCAGCAGCCUUUUUCAAACGUUACUCACCCUUGAACCUGAGGGGAAAAUGCGCUAACAACAAUUUUGUCGUUGAUUCCCUGGCUUAUACUAGUUUGAUGUUUCUUUUCUGCGUUGUAUACGUAUUGCUUCGUAAAAAGAGCACAAAUGAUGCAUUCUGAUAGCCAGUUGUUGCAGCAUAAACAAUAGCAGCUACUGACUACAUUGCAUAUGCUGUAGAAGUUGAAGUCGGCUGCAUUGGAUUUUGACCAUCAUGCUCGUGGGACUUAACUAUUGCUAUUCUCUCAACUACAGGUUAUUGAGCCUGCAAGAAUUCUCAAGGAACUGGGCAAGCGGGUUCUUCGAAGCUGGGAAUCUGGAUGGCAGGCUUUUGACAUCACACGAGCAGGACAGGAGUGGGCUCAAGAAAUCAACAAGAACUAUGGAAUUGAACUCUCUGUACACACGUACGCAGGGGUGGAACUAAACGCCUCAAGCGUUGGCUUUGUGGGCUUCCAUGGCCCACAGGAGAAGCGUCCGUUUUUGGUAUCAUUCUACCGUCAAGAUGGCGAACAGAAACUGACCUAUCAUCGUAUUUUCAAUCCGCAUCCACGCCGGCGCCGCUCAGCCCGCUCCCUUGGACCGCAGUUCACAAACGUAGGAGGGAACUUCAAGACCUCGAGUCAAACAAGCUGCAGCCGGAGGAUGCUGUACGUCAGUUUCCAGCGGCUUGGUUGGCAAGACUGGAUUAUUGCGCCCGAGGGUUACUCGGCGUUUUUCUGUUACGGUGAAUGCUCGUUUCCUUUAAGCGCUCAUAUGAACGCCACCAAUCAUGCCAUUGUUCAAACGCUGGUACAUCUCAUGAAUCCUACAGUUGUACCUCAGCCCUGUUGUUCUCCCACCAAACUCUCCGCCAUCUCGGUCCUGUACUUUGAUGACAGUAAUAACGUAGUACUUAAAAAGUACACGAACAUGGUCGUGAAAGCUUGUGGUUGCCACUAGCAACGCCAACACGAAUUCUUUAAUCUCACGUUAGCUUGUGCUCUAUGUAACCGUCUCUCAACGUUUUUGCAUGUUUUGACACAGGAAGCGGAGAGCGGGCAAUUGAAGAAAGCUAAAUUUCCAAUUGACACGCGUUUGAGCAAACACAUUGGGAUACCAAAGUCCUUUACAUGACUCUUCUCGCAAAUACAUAUCACUAAUAUAUUGUGGAUGGCCGACGUGUGAGAUAUGAACCUCGUUGCUUAAACUAUAACAUAACUGCCAUAUUAACCCUUUCAUUACGCUCGAUUUCCGCCGUUAUCUUGAGUGCGGACUGCGAUCAGGUGUAUAAGCGCAUUCCUCGGACAAGGGCCGUUUAUCGAUCCUAUCCCUAUUACUCUCUGAAGCUGAGCACAAAUUUUUUUCCCAGGGUUCUUUCUCUUAUUCCCUCGACAGAGAGGACCCUGAGAAAGAGAUUAGAGUGAGAAUUUGAUGAUCAAAUUAUACACUAUACUUUUUAUCAGUUUACAUCACCUAUAAACCACGCAGGAUAUUCAUGGAACAUGACAAAAGUUUUCACAAGCAUUUGAAAUGUUCUUCCAACAUCCAAGAUACUUAAUUCUGCCGGCAAGCCGAUUGACGGUACAGUCUAUUACCUUUGUAAAGUAACUACAAAAUAUUUCAGUUUUCAAUGGGUUCUCCAAUAAAUGAUAGGUUUUUGACCAAUCACGGCCGGCGUUAUAACAUGGUCAUUGGAUAAAUUCUACUUACGAUUUUAAGAUUUGGCAAGCAGACAAGUUUUUAGAAUUCAGAAAAUUAUCAGCCAAGAGAUAUUACGUAGAUGCAACACUAAAUUCUCAAUCCAAUCCAAAAGAGAGAUGUUAGUCAAUGGUACAGAGAAGUCUCUUUCCGAUCAUAGAGUAAGACGAUUGAGAAUAAGUGUGAGAUCAGACUUCUGUUGGGGGGGGGGGGUAUUGUUCUCUUUUGCAAUGGAGUGCAUUGUUGUAUUCCCAUAACAAUUUCAAUUUUUAGAUAUCUUGUCUCAGCAAAGAUAUUAUUUAAACGAUUAUUUGUGAGCAAAUCUAACGCUAUCAUUCAAGCUGUUGUUAGAUUCUCUAAGUUAACCCUUAACACCCCAACAUGAGCGUGCAUAUUCUCCAAACUGUUCAAUAUAUGUCCUUGGGGUUUUGACAAAAAGGAGAAUUUGUUGAACACCAAGAGCUCGUUUCGUUGGUGAUCAUUUCCUAUAUUCCCAUUCAGUAAUACUGUAAGAAGAAAUUAGCUGCUGGUCUCUACUAGGGUCUCAUUGGUUAACCCUUUAACUCCCAGAAGUGAUUAACAUGCAAUUUCUCCCUAUAGUAUCCAUAAAUUAUCCGGCAAACAGGUAAUGAGGUUACUCAAACUAAUCGGGCACAAGAUAUUAUCAUGAUUGAACACCAAAUUCUCGUAACCAAUUUACAAGGAAAUGUGUAACAGCUAGAGGAGAGAAUUAAUAAUCACAUCUUGGGAGUUAAAGGGUCAACGAGAUUCUCAUUUUUCGACAAGCUUACUCGUGAUGUAGACAUGAAAGUUAUAGUGGUUGGUUAUUAGGGACGUUUGGCACAGAAAUGUUUCCGACGCAAACGGAAGCCGUACGUUGAAAGAUCCUUUCGCUGCAGCUUACUGCAUAUGUUUCAAUGAAGGUGUUAAGUCUAAAAUGCUGAAACAAAAGUGCAGCGACAGAGCACGCCAGAGGAACCCAGGCUUCUCCUUUCGGUUGUCACCUGUCCAACGAACGAGUCGAGUAACACAACAUCGGAGAUGGCUGAACUGAACCCGUACUCAGUCCUAUUGGAACCUGCUAGUCACUAGUCUCUUAAGGCGUAGUUUAGGAUGUGAUUUCCAAUGGUGGGUCUGUAAGAGAAAGAGUUAC